UUCUUGACGUUCUUUGCCGGACUUCUCCCUCACAUCCUCAACAAAUUUUCUAAAAGUUAUAAAUCGUUUACUAAAGAAAACUUUGAUGACGACAGGUAAGUAUUAUUUUUCAAUGUAUGUAAUGCAUAAUCCUAACAUGGUGCUCUUUAACGAAUCUUAUGUUCUUCAGGAAAAUAAUAUUUUAAUUUUUUCAUGUUUAAAAUUGUUUUUUUUAUUAAAUCUGAAAUUCUCAGAUUCCAAAGAAUAUUAAAGGAAAGAAUUGAUUCAUUUAACGAGAAAUGGAAAGUCAAAUCUCUCUAUGUUGACAAAAUAACAAAAGUUGAGACGCAAGAAAAAAUUGAUUUCUGCGUAAGGAUACCAAGUGAUCAAGGUAAAGGUAAUUAUAUUCCUAUUUGCUUAAAAUGUUAAAUGUAUGAACUAAAUAUAUAGUUCUUUAUUAUAAUUGCCAGUGCUUUAGGCCUGGAAAAAAUAUAUCCCUUAUUUGUAAUUUGGUAAUUUAUAUAUUUUGCAAAUGUUCAAUUAAUCCCACCCCCCCCCCCCCCUCACAAUCGUUCCAUGCUAAAGAAAAAAAUAUAUUUAGCACAAUUCUAAGACAUUUACUUUUGUUUUUAAAUUGUAAGUGUACUGUGCUUAAAUAGUUUUUAACUAUAUGUGUGGGCAUUUUUUACAUAAAAACGUGGCGUUCCACAUGAAGAAAAAAUAACUUAACGGAAACGAUUUGCAACAAAGCAGUGAUGUGGGGGUGGAGGAGGGUCUGAGCUCGAGUUCGGAGCUCUGAAGCAGACUUUAAGUCUCACUGCUCCCUAAUUCAUAAAUUAAGCAAAUGAAUAAACUGAGCAUAGCAAAUAUUUCAGCGCUUUAAAAAGACAUUCCAUAAAUAAAAUAGGGGAUAAAAAACAAAACCCCAAAUUAAAGCAUAUAUUAAUUUCGUAUGUCUUUCAAACAAUCGCAAGACGUCUCAUGAACUAAACAAUCAAUUUGUCCAUUGAGUAACACGAUGUGUUUCAAAAGUAGUCACUGAUAAUAUAAGUGCUAGUUGUGCGUAUACACUUUGAACUACGUUUAAAUAGAAUGAAUUCAGAAGGUUAGUUAAAUUUUAAAAUUUUAAUUUGAAGUUCAAUACAGUAGAGAGAUGUCAUAAAAUAAAUGUCUUAAAUUCAGGACUUAUUAAUAAUUUAAUCAAUUUAAAUUGUGUUUUUUUUUCAUUUGAUAUUUAGUUGUAGGAAAUGUCAAGCAUGAUACACACACACACACACACACACAUAUAUAUAUAUAUAUAUAUAUAUAUAUAUAUAUAUAUAUAUAUAUAUAUAUAUAUAUAUAUAUAUAUAUAUAUAUAUUAGAUAGAUAGAUAGAUAGAUAGAUAGAUAGAUAGAUAGAUAGAUAGAUAGAUAGAUAGAUAGAUAGAUAGAUAGAUAGAUAGAUAGAUAGAUAGAUAGAUAGAUAGAUAGAUAGAUAGAUAGAUAGAUAGAUAGAUAGAUAGAUAGAUAUAGAUAUAAGGCGGUAGGGACAACAAUAAGUUGUCUCAUGAAAUAAUUAUUGAAUGUAUCUAUUAAUGAAUACGAUUCACGAUAAUUGUCUAAAAAAUUUUCCUAUUUUAAAAAAGUACUAGUUUUUUUAUCAUCGUUAGAUCGUCUUUAAGUAGAAUGUAUUAGCAAAAAAGGUUAAAUAACAUUACAAAUGGAAUAAAUUAGUGGGGUGUGAUAAAAAAAUGUCAGAAGUUUAUGACUUAUCAAUUGUUUAAUAAAUUUAAGGUUUCUUUCUUUCAUUUGAUAUUUAUUUGUUGGAAAUUUAAAAAUUCUGUUGGUAAAGAUUCAUCUUUAAAAUGUUUAGUAUCCUCUUAUUUUUUAACUUUCCGGCGCUCUUUAUUCCUUUAUAAACCAAAAAAUAAAUAAUCAUGGUACUCUAUGUCUAUUGAAGUAUUUAUUUUGUGAUGUGCUGUUAACAAUUGAUCCGUUAGAAGAUAUCUUGAAAUAAUAAUAAAAAUGUCUAACUGUUUAAUACUUGUAGGUAAUUCACAAAGUGGCACAAACAGUACGGUUGAUAGUCCCACAGAAAAUGAAAACAAUAAUGCACAAGGCAGUCAAGUAAUAUCAGGUAUUCAAUGGUAUUUAACUUUGAACGUGUACUUAAAAUUUGAUGAACCUUGGCCUAACAUCUCCUAUACAUCAAGUUCAAAUUGCAAAAUAAGUUUUAAAAAAUUGAUGAAAAUCUUUUCAUUCGUUUAAACAUUUAUACAAGGCGAUUUAUGUAUUAAAUGAUAGAAAAAUGAUAGACAGACAGACAGACAUAUAGAUAGAUAGAUAGAUAGAUAGAUAGAUAGAUAGAUAGAUAGAUAGAUAGAUAGAUUGAUAGAUAGAUAGAUAGAUUGAUAGAUAGAUAGAUAGAUAGAUAGAUAGAUAGUUAGAUAGAUAGAUAGAUAGAUAGAUAGAUAGAUAGAUAGAUAGAUAGAUAGAUAGAUAGAUAGAUAGAUAGAUAGAUAGAUAGAUAGAUAGAUAGAUAGAUAGAUAGAUAGAUAGAUAGAUAGAUAGAUAGAUAGAUAGAUAGAUAGAUAGAUAGAUAGAUAGAUGUCUCAUGAAAUAAUGUGUACAUUUUAUCAUUUUAAAAGAGUACUAGAUGUUGGAUAUAACCGUUAUAUCAUCUCUAAGUUGAAUGUAUUAACAAAAAAAAGGUUAACUUAAAUUUCAAGUGUAAUAUAGUAGUUCGAUGUGAUAAAUGAUUGCUUUAACAUUAUGUUUUUUUUAAAUUAUUUAAUAAAUUGAUUUUUUCAUUUUAUUUUUAAUUGUAGGAAAUGCUAACCAUGCUGAUGUUAAAGAAUCAGGCAUGGACUGUUUAAGAUCUUGUUUG